AUGUCUCGAACAGUCCUGAUUUGUGGUGCGACUGGAAAGCAGGGCGGUGCUGUGCUGAAUAAUCUCAUUAAGCAAAAAGCCAACUUCAACAUCCUCGCCGUCACCAGAAAUGCCACUUCCCCUUCAGCUCAGAGACUCCUCCAGAAAUCAUCUAACAUCAAGCUUGUCCAAGGAGACCUAGCUGACCCUGCUGCGAUUUUCAAAACUGCACUAGGUCUUACACAACAACCUAUCUGGGGAGUUUUCAGUGUUCAGGUCCCUAUGCCCUUUGGUGGGUCAGGCGGUGGUGAAGUCGGCCAAGGCAAAGCCCUUGUCGAUGCCGCGCUCGAUGCUGGCGUCAAGUUCUUUGUGUACACCUCAGUCGAUCGUCAUGGCGAAGACUCCAAGGACAACCCUACGCCUGUUCCGCAUUUCAUCGCCAAACACGAGAUUGAGAAGCAUCUGAUUGCGCGCAGCGCUGGGACAGAUAUGCGGUGGUUCAUUCUGCGGCCAGUGGCGUUCAUGGAGAACCUGACCAACGAUUUAUUGGGACGAUCCUUUGUCACGGCAUGGAAGUUGGCUGUCAAGAUAAAGCCCGUCCAGCUUGUGACCGUGAGCGAUGUAGGCGUUGCUGGUGCCCAGGCUUUCCUUCGACCGGAAGAAUACGCAGGUCGUGCUGUGUCACUCGCAGGCGACGAGCUGACGCUCAAGGAAGUUGAAACAGUAUUCAAGGAUAAAACUGGUCGUGAUCUUCCGUCUACAUACAGUCUCAUUGUUUACCCCAUGAUGGCAAUGGUCAAGGAGUUGGGGUAUAUGUUCAAGUGGUUCAACGAUGUUGGUUUUGGUGCGGACUUGAAGGCGUUAAGAAAAGAAUACCCUGGACUCAAGACUUUCGGAUCUUGGCUCGAAACGGAGAGCGACUUUGCUCGCAAGUAA